AUGCCACUUUCACCGACUAUUGAGAGCACGGUUAAAAAUGAUGACAACUUUCUAUUGACUAAAAUAACCAAUGUUGAAGAAGAUUUCAAUUAUAUUUCCAGAUUUUGUUUGACUCCUACCUUGAGCAGUUUAGAAACUCACGAACCAAGUGGCAUGGUAUUUCUAAUUCGCAUCGCUUAUAUAAGGUAUCAAAUCUGGAUGGAAGUGAUUAUAUAUGGAGGCGACGUGCAAUCAUCAAUAUGCUAA